AUGAAGCUCGCGAUAGUCUUCAGUCUCGUCGCCAUCGUCGGCCUUGUUCUUGGUGACACUGGAUGUCCAGGCUAUGAUCUCGGCCGCAUCUCCGCCUUCAACAUCACUGGCCUAUGCGCUCAACGAGGAUCGGACAUCACGGUCGCCGUCGGAUCACCGCCUCCAAAACCUCCACGCCCUUCAUCGCGCCCAGGCCAGCAGCCAGCAGACGAUGAACUCUGGAACCAAUGCUCAAACAAGGGCUGUACCCUCAAUUGGGGGACGCACGCCGACGACGCCGUUGUGGGCUCCGCCUUUGCUCCCAGUCGCAACACCGCCAAGUCGCCAUACCAGAGUGGUGCAGACCUGGCAAAGUGGGGGUGGACUGUCUGGCCCUAUGAGAAUAUCGAUGACUCUUUCAAGGAUCUCUAUAGGACUUGGGGUAUUGGGUGGGCACUCGAUGCAUUAGGACUCGACACGUACACGACAGACUUUGGCGGUCUCAACGCCCUGUUCGUCAUCGAUCAUGAGAACCACCAUCCCAAUGCAAUGUAUGUAGAUUUCCAGAAGUAUCAGGUGGAUGGUAAGUGGUAUCGGGCAACAGGCGCGAGUUAUUCGUUCACGCUCAAUGUGGCCGAGGGGGCGAUUAUUGCUUUGAACCGGAAGAGUCCCAAGUACGCUGCGGGGGAGCGAUCGCCAACGGUGCCGUUGGAUGGUUUGCCAGGCCUCAAUCAAUUCUCAGACGUUGCAUGGAUUGGAUGGCAAACGCGUGCACAAGUGCAAAAUCUGCCCGUGAAUAACCUGCGCUACUUCUUCUCCGUUGGUAUCGUCAACCCGGCAACCAAGGAGGUCAUCUUAAGGGCACUGCAACAGAAAGGAUUGAGCCUGGAUGAAUUCCCCGGCUGUAUCUUCGAACCAGAUGAUGCAGAGUUCAGUGCAAUCUUAGGCACACCAAAUGUCCAAGGCUUCGCCUACCUCUUGAUCGAGCACAAGGAACAGCUGGGUAACAUGUUUAUCAGCAAACUGCAGGUCUUUUAUGCUGAGACGACGCAUCACAGCCCAUGUGUCCUUGUCCAUGUUUCUCGUCCCAUCUCGACUUCGGCUGCAGAAGGUGGGAAGGCGGUGCGGCGGGAUAGAGAGGGAGAUGUGGUGAUGACGCAUGAGCUUCGCUGGUAG